UUGCAGUUUACUUGCAAUUUUAGGAAGAAAAGCGCUGAAGAAGAAAAGAAAACGGAAGUGCGCAUCCAUAUUGAAGGAGACGGUGAAGAGCGUAAUUUUCCUCGUGUCAAAGAAGUUAUCGAAAAAUUUGGUGAACACUGUCGUAGUGUAGCGGAUUACCACGACAUAGUCGUCAAUUUGAUAUGGCGUUUCACUGAGAUUCAUAUUGAUAAGGCGAUUGCGUUUAUCAUGCUUCACAUCUGCGUUCAAGAGGUUGGUGCAAUGAAUAUACCGUAUAUCAUUUAUGUUGCUGUUACGUUGACAAAACCGAAGUAUACGAGGAAAAUGAGUUUUUGCGCCGCUGUAUGGACAUCGUGUGUUGUGAUCUUGAAGAUGAUCUAUCAAAUGGAAUUCAUUAAGGAGGACAUGUUGACAGUCUAUUGUGAGGAUCUCUAUGGUAUCAACGACACAGUGCAUGCACCGGAUUGGGUUGGACUACACAAAACCGAUGGGGUGUUCACGUACACAAGGAAUUACAUUCUUUUGACGAUACUCUUGGCAUUCCGUUCAAUCGUUGAACUACGUCAAUCUCUGCAUCGAUACGAGCGCGGUGAGAUGACUCCAGUAAAAGGGGUUCUAUUCAACAACAUCACCCGUCAGGAUCUGGAUCGUGAUCUUUGCAGUUGUUUCAAAUAUUUCGUCAAUUUCUUCUUCUAUCGCUUUGGUCUUGAGGUAUGUCUCAUGACAACAGUGAUAACGAUUGGCUUAAGAAGUGAUAUGUUGUCUGUGGUCUAUGCGAUAAUGCUUUUGAUAGUGCUGUCACUUGAACGUAAAAAACUAGCCAGUAUAUGGUCAUAUAUAGCAAUUUCUUUCGCCUUUUUAUUCACAUGGCAGUACAUUUUGUGUGUUGGAAUACCGAAAGCAUUCUGUCAAGCGGAUUUCUUCCUUCUUCUGUUCAUAUGUCAACAACUCGGCGUGUUUUACAUCGAAGCAAAUGAGCAGGAUUAUAUCGGUGGUACAAAUGAGUCGAUCGUCGAUGGCCCUUCCACACGUCACGGUCGUAAGGCGCUAUUCAAAAUUGACUCGGAUGAUAAGGCUGAAGAAGUGAACGAGCCAGCAUUGCCGGAUUUUGUUGGGAAAAUGGAUUCUUUGCUGGAUCGAUUGAAACGAAUAAUAUUCGUACAUCUUUAUUGGGUGACACUUUCGGUUGUUUUCGUUGCGGGCACGAGUCGUGUGACGUUGUUUGCAUUCGGCUAUGUCGUCGGAUGUUUCAUGUUUCUUUGGGUCGGAAACUCACUUUUCCUGAAACCAAUGAGAAUCACACUCGCACUAUGGAACAAGCUGAUCAUUUACAAUGCAUCAGUAAUAUUCGUCAAAAUAUCACUGCAAGUAGUUGGCUGUGUUUAUAUGAGUCAAAUGUACAAGAACUUCUGUUGGGUUAUACAGCUACUUGGAAUCGCAUGCCUGAAAACUGGUAUCAAACCCGAAAACAGUUAG